AUGCCUGCUGCUCGACCAAAGAAAGAGAAUAUUUCAGCCACGCCCCCUUCCGACGAUGGCCAUCUCAAGGAAUCACUCUCCGAAAACAGCAAGAGCAAGAGAAAGAGACAAUCACAAAGCUGCGAUGCCUGUCGAGCGCGCAAAGUUCGAUGCGCCAGGGAGAAUCCUGAUGACCCGAAACAGUCUUGCAAACACUGUAUCACUCUAGGCAUUCCAUGCACCUAUGACUAUCAACCGAAAAAGCGGGGUCCGCCCAAUCUAUACCUCCGACGGCUCCAAGAAGCAGCCGCAGCCGCAGCCGGAGGUCCUACCGCGCAAGACAAUGUUCCCGACGCAGAGAUCGCUUCGUCACCCAUUUCUACCAUUGCAAGCCCGCCUCAGAGUAUGGUAUCGCCCAGUAUAGGAUCGAAGAGUCCGCCGAGGAGUUUCUUGGAGCCAUCUCUGAAUCAACACCCCUCCAUCCCCUCCGUUCCGAUGCCUCCGUCACGAUACCCAAUUGCCGCCGACACCUAUCACUCCCAUUACUCACAGCAGCAGAAUAGCGUGCCAUCUUCGUCUUAUAACGGCCCCAGAUCCUCUGAAUCAAACGGCCAUGGAGUUCUGCAUCCACAUAAUCAGGCUCAGCCGAAAUCUGAAGAGCAACCUUAUGCCCCGUCUCCUUCGGAUUCGUUCAGUACUUAUCCACUCUACAACUGGUCCUAUAAACAACAUCAAGUUCUGCCCGUUCCCGUUCCUACCACUGUUCCCCCGCUAUCAUAUUAUUACAGGCCACGGCGACUUGAAGAAAUUGCACCCAGAGACACUAUAUCUUUGAUUAUUGCUCUGUUUUUCGAUUUUGUAUAUCCUUUGACUCCAUGUGUCCACAAACCCUCUUUUAUGGCAGACCUACAUUCACGACGAGAAGAAAGAGACCCCCUUUUCUUUGCUUUGGUCAUGUCUACAGUAGCAUCUACUUUAGUCCAGGUGCCUCGGUCUUACCUGCCCAUGGAACGUCCCGUGGUUAGGAAACUAGCUCAGACCGCCCAUGAGGCCAGUCGUCAUAUUACAAUAGCAUCUUAUGAUCCCCCCACGUCAAUGCACGUAGUAAUCCGUUACUUUGACUGCGUAUAUCACUUCUGUGAAGGACACGAUGCCACACAGCACGCUGCUUUCGGCGAGGCAGCUCACAUCGCAGUGACACUUCGGAUGCACGAAGAGGCUUCCUACGACCAACUAGAUCCCAUCGAGUGUGAAGUUCGUAGGCGAACUUUCUGGCUUCUCUUUGGAGCUGACAAAUCAAUGUCUAUUCUCCUGGGUCGCCCGAUAUGUCUACGAGACGAAGAUUGUACAGUCCACUUCCCAAAAGAGUUGGACGAUGAAUAUAUCACUCCCAGUGCAUAUUUACCGCAGCCCCACGGAAAAACCGCCAUUGUCUCCGGUCUCAACUACACGUCAAGGAUAUUUGCUCUUUUGGGAGAAAUACUUGUCCGUAUCCGAGUUGACAAGCGGUCACCGCCUCAAGGGCAAUUUGCAACAGCCAGGCUUGAAGAGGUCCAGUCACUACAGGCGAGAAUAUUGACCGCCCUCAGCCAUACUCCGGAGCCUUUGCGACUGAAACAAACACCCAGCCAACCGAACGUACCGCCUGAGUAUGGCGGCGCCGGUUUCCGCCAGGCUACUUUCGCCGAGGUCAAAGACUUUUUCGACAAUCCCAAUGCCUCGCGGGCUAAUGCCCUCAACCCUUUCCUUGUGAUGCAAGCUAAUCUCUAUGUCACUCAACAACUUGUUCGAUUUGUUAUCGAACAAUAUCGUGACGAACUUAUCAUGGCACUACAAGGAAAUCUUGAUGAGCAUCAAGUAGCGGAAGACAGAGAAGCCGUUGCCAGCGACCUUUUGAACAUCUUGCAUAGCAUACCCAUCCAGUCAAUUGCAACCAAUGGUCCCAGUUUGGUGCACAAAGUCAGAUUUGUUGCAUCAACGUUGUUGGAUGCUGUGCGGAAGGCUGAAACGGCGCCUGCAUCUGCAGCUCGUGCACAUGCUUAUUUAUGGGACUUUUUAAGCAUUCUUUCUGAAAUCGAAAGGAAUUAUUUAUUGGACGAUGACAGAGACGGCAACUCCAGUGGCGAUGGUAUGAUGGUGUGA